AUGGGCACACCACAGAAGGAUGUUAUCUUCAAGUCUGAUGCACCUAUCACCCUUUUACUGGUGAAACAUGCAGAUUAUAUUGCAUCCUAUGGCUCAAAGAAAGAUGAUUAUGGAUACUGUAUGUCUGAGUAUUUGAGAAUGAGUGGCAUCUCCUGGGGUCUGAGAGUAAUGGAUCUCAUGGGACAACUUGAUCAGAUGAAUAGAKAAGAAAUUCUGACGUUUAUUAAGUCAUACCAAUAUGAGUGUGGUGGAAUCAGUGCAAGCAUUGGACAUGAUCUUCAUCUUUUGUAUACCCUUUGUGCUGUCCAGAUUCUUACUCUUUAUGAUAGUAUUAAUGUUAUUGAUGUAAGUAAGGUUGUGGAAUAUGUUCAAAGUCUACAGAAAGAAGAUUCUUUUGCUGGAAACAUUUGGGAUCCCAUAGGGAGAAAUGAUACAAGAUUCUCCUUUUGUGCGGUGGCAACUUUGGCUCUGUUGGGGAAACUUGAUGCUAUUAAUGUGGAAAAGGCAAUCGAAUUUGUUUUAUCCUGUAUGAACUUUGAUGGUGGAUUGGGUUGUAAACCUGGUUCUGAAUCCCAUGCUGAACAGAUCUAUUGUUGCACAAGAUUCCUGGCUAUUACUAGUCAUUUGCAUCAAGUAAGUUCUGAUUUACUUGGUUGGUGGCUUUGUGAAUCACAGUUACCUUCAGGAGGACUCAAUGGAAGGCUGGAGAAGUUACCAGAUGUGUGCUAUUUGUGGUGGGUAUUGGCUUCCCUAAAGAUAAUUAGAAGGCUUCAGUGGAUUGACAGAAACAAACUGAAAGAUUUCAUUUUGGCAUGUCAAGAUGAAGAAGCUGGAGGGUUUGCAGAUAGGCCAGGAGACAUGGUGGGUCCUUUUCAUAUAUUAUUUGGCAUUGCUGGAUUGUCACUUUUGGGGGAAGAAUAGAUUAAACCUGUUAGUCCUGUUUUUUGCAUGACUGAAGAAGUGCUUCCAAGAGUCAAUGUUCAGCCUGAACUAGUGAGCUAG